AUGUUGCAGGUGGGCGGCCUGGAGAUGGUGGUGGCCCUGAAUACACGAGGACUGCCGUGCGCCGGCGUGUUCGCCGGGCCCUGCACCGCCGUGCUGCUGCUCAGGGACACCCAGCUGGUGCGACACGUCACCGUGCGGGCGUUCGCCGACUUCUGCGACCACCACGCCGUCAGCGGCGACCCGCUACUCGCCGGCAGCCUCAUGUUCCUCCGAGGUGAAAGUUGGCGCCGCAUGAGAGCAACUCUAAGCCCAGCGUUCACAUCUGGUCGAAUAAAAGACAUGAUGGGACUCAUGGCGCAAGUUUCUCGCAACAUGGUGGACCACAUAGACAGCAUCAUCAAAACAAGCAAGCUUACCGAUGGUCCUGUGCCCAUGGAGAUAGAAGACCUGAUGAACAGAUACAGCAGUGACGUCAUAGCUUCCACUGCAUUCGGACACGACUGUAACUCAUUUGCAGACCGCAACAACGAAUUCUAUCGCCGAGGGAAGGACAUCACAGACUUUUCCGGAAUAAGAGCUCUUGUUAUCAUCGGCCACGUGCUGUUCCCGUCUCUCAUGAAGGCGCUGGGGAUCCCCUUCGUCCGUGCGUCCAGCCGCGACUUCCUGCUACGGCUGGUGCGGGACGCGGUGGAGGCGCGGCGGCGGUCCUCCAGCUCCAGCCGUCCGGACGUGCUGCAGCUGCUGAUCGAGGCCCGCCACGAGGAUGGAACAGCACUCACCGACACCGAGAUGGCAGCGCAGGUGAUGUUCUUCCUGCUGGCCGGCUUCGACUCGACCACAAACCUGCUGUGCUUCACGACGUACCUGCUGGCCCUCCACCCUGACGUCCAGGCGCGCCUGCAGAAGGAGCUCGACGAGUGCAGGUCUGCGGCGAGCGGGGAGAUCAGCCACGACGACCUCACGCGCUGCGACUACCUGGACUGGGUCAUUGCAGAGUCUCUGCGGCUGUUCCCGCCAGUGCCGCUGCUGGACAGGCGGUGCGGCCGCGCAUGCGCAGUGGGCGGCGGCCCGCGGCUGCAGGCUGGGGACGUGGUGGCGGUGCCCGUGCAGGGCCUGCACGCGGACCCCCUCCUCUUCCCCCGGCCCAACCACUUCCUGCCAGAGCGCUUCCGGCGGCCGGACCAGGUGCCGCAGGGCGCCUACCUUCCGUUCGGCGCCGGACCCAGGGCCUGCAUCGCGAAACGCUUCGCCCUGAUGGAGAGCAAGGUGGCGCUGUCCGUGCUGUUCUCGCGCUACAGCCUGCACCCGGUGGAGAAGACGCCGACCUCCAUACGGCUCACCACCAGGGGACUCAACAUGACCAUCGACGGUGGCUUCUGGAUAGGCUUCAAACCGCGGCUGUCAUCCACAAAGACGUGAGCGGCGGAUGACGAAGCGAAGUAAACGUCUCGCGCUUUACACGUCGCACACUGCACAGGCGAACAUGGCAUGUUCCACUGUUGUUAUGUAUGACGCAGUUGUGACUUAGCAAAGUUCCAGGACGCUGGCCAAUAACUUGAUGACAUUAUUUCCUGUGCCAGAGAGCGAUGAAUGCUGUGAAACACAAUUCAGAGUCAGUACCUGAUAUCCGUGUGGAGAAUUGGUAUUCGCAUACCAAUGUGAAUUUUAUAUCCAUUACCAAGAUCACUGUGAGAGUGUCCUACGGUUGUCGCAGCUCCUCUUUUCCCACCUUCCAUCUGUAUCUUGUAGUCUUCUUGAACUGUCGCAUCACGCACAUCUUCGUACCAGCUGCCAGACUGUUGUCAGCAUUCCAUUCAGUUUCGUAAUCUCAUCGACAAUCCAUUGUUGUAUGACUAUAAUUGAAGCUGUUGAAUAUUAUUAUUAGAAGUGUCCAAUUCUCUCUCUCUCUCUCUCUCUCUUUCUCUCUCUCUUUCUGCCUCUCUCUCCCUCUCUUUCUUCCUCUCCCUCUCUUUCUUUCUUUUCCAUCUCCCAACUGUGGAACUAAUUAUUUUCAACUGAUAAAGUUAGUAACAAGCUGCAAAAAAGACGUGUGUGAACCAAAAACUAGGUUAACACUUGGAUCGAAAUAUAUCGAUACGCUUCAUUCCUUGCUCUGGUCCAGUCAAAGCAAAACGAUAGGAAAUUGCAUCCAGAGAAAUUGUGGCGCUGAUUAGUAAUAACAUAACAGUGUGUCGGUGAGUAAACAACUGCAAGGAAAAGAAAUCUUGAUACACUGGGAAUGAACCGCGAGUGGUUUAGAUGCCCUUGUGGGGCAUCGAGAUAGCAAGCAGGUAGGAAUGAAGAUGUAAGAAAUUGUACAUAUAUUAAAAAUCUAUAACCGAAUGAUCAGAGCGAAGGUAAGCCCAGUGCCACAGUCAUUUGUGUGAAUGGAAGCAUAGCUGGCAAAAAAGAAGAAAAAGAGGACCGUCGUCAUCUUGAAAAAAGUUAUGAAUGCAGUAGUCAGCCUCGUUCCAUACCUUAUACAAACAUUCUUUUUUAAAAAACAAGACAAUGUGGCACUGCAUGGAAAGUUUUUCUAAAGUCUACAAACGCCAGAACUACAUGGUUCCUCUAUACGUGGCAAUGAGAUCUUAUGUGAAAAUGGGUGUUCAGCCGCACGUGCUCGAUUUUUUCAGAACCAAUGAUAAUUUUGUUCUAGUUAGAUCGUAAUUUAUGAGCUCAUAAUAUGUGCUAGGAUCCCGUUACAAACAUACGUUAAGUCAUAUACGAAGUCAGUUCAGCUUCCUUUUUCAUAUAUGAAUGUCACCUACGUUCAUUCCCAGUUACAGUGGAUAUCUUCCUGCUCAACGGAUCCGUUGUAAAUUAUGUGGAACCAGUUUACUUGCAAAUGUUUUACAGAACUUGUCAGGGACCACAUCUGGUCAUGAGGCCUUAUUCAAGUUUCUUCACCACUAGUAACGAUUACUACGUCGUUCAUUUUAACAGUGGUAUUGUUAUUGUAUCAUUGCAACAUUACUUCAUUUUCCUUUGUGAAGGAACAUUUCAACUCAUCACAUCGGCCUUUAUUUUGGUGUUUUGCAUUUAGGCUCCUCUCUUGUUCAAAACUGUGUGGAAAGCUUUAACAUGGCAAUUGUCUGGAAAGUUGUCGAGCAACUGGACAGCCUUAACAUAUGGCUAACAUUUUUUGGUAUCCUACGAUAUUUGUAAAUAUUUCUGGAUACUAUGCACAACCAUACAAGAUGGCACAGUGCUUAAGACACUGAAAUCACAUUCGAGAGCAGCAGAGUUGAAAUUUUCUUUAGUUAAUCCUGAUGUGAGUGUUCUGUGCAUUCCGUAAACAAGUUCAUAGGAAUACCGGUAUAGUCCCUUUGAAAAUUCCGUGCCUGAUUUUCUGCCACAUCCUUGAGCAAGCUAAUUUGUGCUCUGUGUGAAGUGACUCUGUCAUUGUACGAGGUGUCAAAUACUAAUCUCUUUUUUUUCUCGUAUACAUCAUGUAAGGUCCAUUUCCUGCUAUAUCACUUCAAACCAAACGAGGAAUAAUUAUUACGACACUUCACCAGCUAUUAGUCUCGAAAAAAAUGUCAGUCAUGUGGUUGGUCUGUAUCUAGAAUAUUUUCUUCCUUAAUUAAAAUGUAUUCCAAAGAAUUUUAUUUUCUCAAAACAGUUCGCGUUUGCGGAAGGAUGUCUGCAGGAACAACGCAAUACUCUGAAAAACCGCAAUCCGUUAUGCACUGAUAAACUUUAAUAUCUUACAAUGUUCUUCACAACACAGCUAUGUACGUAUACAGUACGUAAUGGUGAUGGUUUCAAAUUAAACCUUUUAAUCGUAAACAAAUUAAAGUAAGUGAUCAUCUAGACCGAAUACAUCGUUUUUCAAAAUAAUUUUGAAUA